GCUCAUUGCUGAUUAACCAUGUUGUUGCGUCUAACGAUUUGGCUGCUGAUCUGCGCUGCAGUUGCGCUGGCCCAGAACGAUGGUCGCUAUCGUCCUCCGCCAACCACACCGUCCGUGCUAAGGGCGAGGACUAAUGCCAAUGCCAAUGCGGGUCGCUAUACGGGCGCCAGCGAUGGACGGUAUGUGGCCGGCAAUGAUGGACGCUAUCGCGGCGGCGGCGAUGGACGCUACAGAGGCGGCAACGAUGGGCGUUAUGUGCACAAGGAUGUCAAGUACCAGCACGAUAAUCGUCCUGGUGGUGACUACACUGGCGACAGCAAUCCCUAUGUGGCUGAUAAGAACAAGUUCGGUGCUGGCGGCGGUGCUGGACGUGGCGGUGGUGGAGCUGGUGCCAAUGGAGCUAGGGGCAGUGGAGCUGGUGCUGGUGCGACAACUGCUGCUAAUAAGCCACGCCCAAGUACGUCGCUGCCACGCCCAACGCCUGCCGUCGAUCUGCGACCCAACUUGCCACAAGGACGCGGCACUGGCAUUGGCAAAAACGGUUUCCUGAUUCUGCGUCAGGAAGGCGAACUGCAGGCCGAUGGCUACAACUAUCUCUACGAGACGGAGAACGGCAUUCUCGGCGAGGAGAGUGGACGCAUUGAGAAGCAAACCGAGGGCGAUGCUCUGCGCUCCAAAGGCUACUACGAGUACACCGGUGACGAUGGCCUGCUCUACCGCGUGGACUAUGUGGCCGAUGAGAAUGGCUUUGUGCCCGCCGGCGAACACAUUCCCAAAGUGCCGGAGCACAUACCCAGGCUGCUGACCUAUCUGAAGGAGCAGGGCGCUUUGUAAAUAUAUAUAGAAAUCUAUUUUGUUCGUUAUUUCGGUUAUCAGGAAAUAAAAGAGUU